GCGCUCAGCACGCUCAUGACGUCGCAUUCCCUCGACACUUUUGGCCCGUGUUGUUUGAGUUCUAACAUAACUGCCGUUUUUUUUGUGUCAUUUCCUAUAUUUUGUUGAUCUACCGAACAUUGUCAGGCCGCCAUGGCAGACCUGGGCUUCCGGCCUGGGGACCGGGUUCUCCUGCUGUGGGCUCAUCCAUCACCUCCUGUGGCCUUGAAAGAGCUGGCUCAGCAGCUGGGAGGUGCUGUGGGUAACCAGGACCUCGUGUCCUUGGAGAACGCAGAGAGACUACUGCUCUCUCCCCACUCAGAGUCCAUAUAUGACUGGGUUCUCUCAGGCCUGGUGCCAGACAGCUGCCUCAUCCACAGCUCUGAAUUGCUGGCUGAAUUGGUGCGGGUUACCAAGCCUGGGGGGUCUGUGGUGCUCGAGGAGCCAGUCACAGGCAGUGAUGACGGGCCAUUAAGGACGGCUGCAAAGCUGAAGUCCGCCCUGAAACUCUCGGGCCUCAUCUCUGUCACAGAGGUGAACUCUGGUACUCUGAGCUCCAUGGCAACAGCUGUGCUUCAGGAGGCCACUGGGUUCCAGGGGAACACCCUGAUUAGAGUGCGCAUGUCAGCUGCAAAGCCCAGCUAUGAGCUGGGCUCCUCCAGCCAGCUGAAGCUGUCUUCUGGGCAAAAUGUCUCCAAGUCAGAAAAACCUGCUCUGGACCCCACUGCUGCCAAGAUGUGGACACUGUCAGCUAAUGACAUGGAUGACAAGGAUGUUGACCUGCUGGACUCAGAUGCCCUCCUGGAUGCUGAGGAUCUGAGGAUGCCUGAUACAGCCUCAUUAAGAGCUCCAUCCUGUGGAGAUUCAGCAACAAAUAAGAAAAAAGCUUGCAAGAACUGCACCUGUGGCUUGGCUGAAGAGUUGGAGCAGGAGUCUCAAAAUGUGGAGAAGAGUAGCCAGCCCAAGUCGGCUUGUGGGAAUUGUUACCUAGGUGAUGCUUUCCGCUGCGCCAGCUGCCCAUACCUGGGGAUGCCUGCCUUCAAGCCUGGUGAGAAGAUUGUCCUGGCUAGCAUGCAGCUCACAGAUCCUUAAGUGCAUGUCCUUGAUGAUGGAGCCCUACCCACAAUCCUUGCAUUCCCCUCCUCAGCCCCAGCCUUCAAAAGAAAGUUAAAACUUAACCAGGAAUAAAGGCUCAAAG